AUGACGUGCACAGGUUGUGCGGACAAGGUCGUGCAUGCCCUCAAAUCGACAUCCGGGGUCCAGAAAGAGAGUGUAAACGUGAACUUCCUAAUGGGUAGAGCUGAUCUAAACUUCCUUCCCGAUUUUGCGCACGAGAACGAGAUUAUGGAACAGCUGAAGCGUUCCACGGGGUUCAGAGUAGUCAUUCUGGAUUCAGGAGAUAUGCAAGAUGCUGGGCUCGCCAAAGCCUGGAUCUCAAUCAACAGCAGUAGUGGUGGCUAUCGGGCUAUCGAGGGCAUCGACGGGAUGGCAAAAGCGAAACUUCUCGAAACCGCUAAAGGGAGACAUCUGUUCGAAGCUGCAUAUGACCCUACCGUUAUUGGAAUCCGAGAUUUACUCGCUGCCAUAAACGAUAGAGAUCACGGAACCGAAGCACAUCUCGUUCCUAUUCCAAGUGAAGAGAUGUUGACAGCAGACUUAGAAAAGUCUCAUAUGAAGAUUUUGGGGUGGAAAACUGUCAUCGCGGCCUUGUUAACGAUCCCGGUGCUGAUCUUUGCAUGGGCUCCCCUAAACAUACCUCGUCCUUCGGUGUAUAUUACCCAAGUUUUCUUGGCAACUGCGGUGAUGGGUACGGCAUACAAAAUCUACCAGAGCGCAUGGGACACCAUAGUUCGAGGAGGUGCGGGUGGUAAGAGGAUCGACAUGGACGUGCUCAUCACAGUGGCGACUGGUGCAGCUUGGGCUGCUUCCGUAGCUAUCUUAAUUAUCUCCGGACGCAAUGGCAGCUUGACACCGGAGAGCCAACCCGUUGAGCCUUUUUUUGAAACUUGCUGUCUCCUUGUAACUCUCAUACUUACCGGAAGAUGGAUAACGGCCAAAGUGAGGAUGUGGGCGCUCAAGAGGGUUGUUGAUGUUGGAGAAGAAGCGCCAAAGGAUAAAAACACCACCAAGGCUAUGCUUUCUGUCGAAGGCGCUACUCCAGAAACGAUAAGCCCUGAUUUGCUACAAUACGGCGAUGUCUUGGUCGCUGAAAAGGGCGACGUAAUCGCUACAGAUGGGGUAGUAGUUGACGGUAAGGCAGAGGUGGAUGAGAGUCUUUUGACCGGCGAGAGCAAACCUGCAGUUAUGAAGGCUGGCAGUCUUGUAAUGGCUGGAAGCACUGUAGUUACAGGGAGCAUCCGGUUUCGGCUCACAAGGCUCCCACACGAGAACACCAUAUCUGUUAUUAGGCGUAUGGUCCGGUCUGCUGGUGGAGAGAAACCAAAAAUUCAGGCGAUUGCAGAUAAAGUUGCCCUCUAUCUCACUCCUCUCAUACUUGGGGUUGCAACAACAGUGUUUCUUAUCUGGAUUCUUGUUCACGGACUUACUCGCCAGGAAACUUGGGGAAAGAGUGCCGUUAUUGCUAUCACUUACGCCGUCGCUACUCUUGCAGUAUCUUGCCCUUGUGCAAUCGGACUGGUUGUUCCGAUGGUCAUUGUCUUCACCAGUCGAGUUGGCAUCAGGAAAUGUGGCCUGUUACUUGUGAACCCGAAGGCCCUGGAGAGAGGGUGGAACGCCAAAAAGGUUGUUUUUGACAAAACCGGAACCUUGACUACUGGGAAGCUGAAUGUGGUUACAGCAAAGUGUUUCCUCAAUGGAGAAUGGGGUGGUUUUGACGCCGAUGCGGAACAAAUAGUUCGAACUCUCUGCAAAAAUGAGAAACACCCAGUUGCCCGGGCACUAGCAGCAAAAGUGGGUUCCGGUGAAGAAAUCUCAGGUCUUGAGGUUGAAACCAUCAUCGGGAAGGGCUUGCAGGCCAUUUCUGAGAGGAGAACCAUCAGAGGUGGUCAGCCAAGCUGGACCGCGACCGGAGGCGAAAGCCACCCUUUGGUAUUGGAAAUCGUCGAACAAGGACUCAGCGUAUUUACUAUCUCGAUCGAUAACAGUCUACGGGCCAUAUUUGGCCUAGAAGAUACUAUACGACCCGAAGCCCCCGCAGUGAUUGCGGAACUUCGCCGCAGGAAAAUAGAGGCCUAUAUUUUUUCAGGGGACCACAAGGGGGCCGUUGAGAAGGUUGCCACAGAGCUCGGCUUCCCCAAUCAAAACUAUAGAUAUGGCUGCUCGCCCGACCAGAAAUCCGCUGAGAUUAAAUCUCUCCAGGAAGCCUCCCCUGGCACGGUCUUGUUUCUGGGCGACGGCACAAACGAUGCAGUGGCACUCACCCAGGCCGAUGUUGGUUUUUCGUUUGGGGACUCAACCGAAGUCGCUGUCUCCGCUUCCGAUAUUGCUGUUUUGUCUACCUCUUUGAAUUCGAUCCUUGAAUUCUUGGACCUAUGUAUCCGCGUCAAGCGAUGCAUUCUGGCAGGCUUCUCUUGGGCCAUCUUCUGGAAUUUAUUCGCUGUUCUCGCAGCAGCUGGUGCUUUCGUUAAAUUCCGGAUCGAGCCCCAAUGGGCGGGUCUAGGGGAGCUCGGUAGUGUCUUACCCGUUGUUUUCAUCGCAGCACUAGUAGGGAUUUUUUGGCGUUAG